GAGCUUAGAUUAGUGUGCGAGAGUCAGACAGAGAGAGAGAGAGAGAGAAAGAGAAUUUCGAGUGAUGUCGAAGAUAACGUUAGGGAACGAGUCAAUUGUUGGGUCUUUGACUCCAUCGAACAAGAAAUCGUACAAAGUGACGAAUAGGAUUCAAGAAGGGAAGAAACCUUUGUAUGCUGUUGUUUUCAACUUCCUUGAUGCUCGUUUCUUCGAUGUCUUCGUUACCGCUGGUGGUAAUCGGAUUACUCUGUACAAUUGUCUCGGAGAUGGUGCCAUAUCAGCAUUGCAAUCCUAUGCUGAUGAAGAUAAGGAAGAGUCGUUUUACACUGUAAGUUGGGCGUGUGGCGUUAAUGGGAACCCAUAUGUUGCGGCUGGAGGAGUAAAAGGCAUAAUCCGAGUCAUUGACGUCAACACUGAAACGAUUCAUAAGAGUCUUGUGGGUCAUGGAGAUUCAGUGAACGAAAUCAGGACACAACCUUUGAAACCUCAACUUGUGAUUACUGCUAGCAAGGAUGAAUCUGUUCGUUUGUGGAAUGUUGAAACUGGGAUAUGUAUUCUGAUAUUUGCUGGAGCUGGAGGUCAUCGCUAUGAAGUUCUAAGUGUGGAUUUUCAUCCCUCUGAUAUUUACCGCUUUGCUAGUUGUGGUAUGGACACCACUGUUAAAAUAUGGUCGAUGAAAGAGUUUUGGACAUACGUCGAGAAGUCGUUCACAUGGACUGAUGAUCCAUCAAAAUUCCCCACAAAAUUUGUCCAAUUCCCUGUAUUUACAGCUUCGGUUCAUACAAAUUAUGUAGAUUGUAACCGUUGGUUUGGUGAUUUUAUCCUCUCAAAGAGUGUGGACAACGAGAUCCUGUUGUGGGAACCACAACUGAAAGAGAAUUCUCCUGGAGAGGGAACUUCAGAUGUUCUAUUAAGAUACCCGGUUCCAAUGUGUGAUAUUUGGUUUAUCAAGUUUUCUUGUGACCUCCAUUUAAGUUCUGUUGCGAUAGGUAAUCAGGACGGAAAGAUUUAUGUCUGGGAUUUAAAAACUUGCCCUCCUGUUUUGAUUACAAAGUUAUCACACAAUCAAUCGAAGAUGGUAAUCAGGCAAACCGCCAUGUCUGUCGAUGGAAGCACAAUUCUUGCUUGCUGCGAGGACGGGACUAUAUGGCGCUGGGACGUGAUUACCAAGUAGUGGUCUGAGUCUUGUAGGAAUUGAUGAAUUAGGAAUGUGGAGAGAUAUCCAUUCUUUUAUUGUAACUCUGAUCAUGGUUCUACUCCUUGAGAGAUGCUCUUUAUAGCCUUGUUAACUUCGACC